AUGCAGCUACUACGUCUCCUUACAUGGCUCCCAGCAACCAGCGCCCUCUACUUCUACCUGGAAGGCGGUGAAAAGAAAUGUAUUCAGGAAGACCUUUCCAUUGGCACACUCGUCGUUGGCAAGUACCGCGCAGAAGAGUACCGUGCAGAGCUCCAGCAGUACGCUACCAACCCUGAACUAGGCAUCCAAAUCACUGUUGAGGAACUAGCAGACAACAACCAUCGUAUUGUCAAUCAACGCGGUAAAUCGGAUGGCAAAUUCACAUUCACAGCGGUGGAAGUUGGGGAUCAUGAGAUUUGCUUCCAAACCAAUGCCGGUAAUGGCUGGUUCACCAGUACGCAUGUCAAGUUUCACUUGGAGCUGAGCAUUGGGCAUACAGAUGAUUUCAAAUCUGGUGGUGGUACGGAUAAGGUGAAGGACUUGGCACAGCGUAUCGAGGAUCUUAAUGCACGACUCCAGGACAUCCGCCGGGAACAGGUCUUUCAACGGGAACGUGAAGCAGAGUUCAGGAAUGUGAGUGAAAAGACCAAUGCACGCGUCGUGCGCUUGUCGAUUGUACAGCUGUUCGUGCUCGCUGCGACGUGUGCUUGGCAAUUGACUCAUCUACAGACCUUCUUCACCAAGCAGAAGCUCGUCUAG